AUUUUGCACCUUAAUCAAUAUUGUUAAAUAUGUCUGACGAUAUAUAUAAAAGUUUAUUGUUUAAAUUUUAUGGAUUUGAUAGAGAUUUUAAGAAAGUUGAAAAGCUAUCAACCUCCAAGGGGAUCGACAUAUUUGAUAAUGUAAGAACCUUGGACGCAAAUACGGAACAAUUAAUAUUAGCUGGAGAAACUGAAACAAAUCAGAAUGUCUUAGAUAAAUUGGAUGGAACCAACGAUGAAAAUAAUGACAGUACUUCAUCUAAAUCGCCACACGUUCUGACGAUCAAAGAUCUUGAUACAUGGAAUAAAAAAGAAUUUCAGAAGCUGGAUUCUGAAUUAGAUUUAACUAGCGAUUUGAACGAGAAAUCUGUAAAUAAGAAUUUAACAUCAUCAAAAGACACAUUUACAAAAGUGGUUGCUAACACGAAUGACUUGCUGAUAAAAAACGAUUGUAAUACAGUAGAAAAUAGUUCAAAUCUAUCGUCAACAUCUGUUUUGAAAGCAAAACAAUCAUGGCGACAAAAAGUGAAUCUGAAAGAAAUCGCCAACUGCCCCAUAGAUUUACUAUCAAAAUAUGAUGGAGUAUUUUUAGAUUUGAAUCAUAUGGGUAUUACUAAUUUCCCGACUGACAUACUUCACCAUUUGAAAAAUUUACAGAUGCUCUAUUUGGAUACAAAUAACUUAAAAGAAAUACCUGAAGAUCUUUUUAUAAUAUUAAAAAGGCUCACGUGGCUUGAUGUAAGAAAAAAUCAGUUGAUUACGUUACCGCCAACUAUAAAAGGCCACGAAUCUUUAAAAACAUUGUUGCUGCAAGAAAAUAACAUAGAACGGUUACCGUUAGAAUUAGGGCUUCUCCCUAAUUUAAAAAAUUUACAAACAGCUUAUAACCCGAUCAUAUUUCCUCCUCAAGAAAUUUUGGAACUAGAUUCCUUGAGUGUAAUGAAAUAUUUGCGCAAAGAAUGGAAUAAACUACAUGAAAAUGAGCAAAUUGAAUUACAAGCAUUUUCUAAUGAAAAAGAUGAUAAAAAACCAUCAAUGAUUAUUUGUUACCAACCGCUCCAGAAAAGUCUCCGGAAAAAUUACAAGUACCGAAAUUUAAAUACCUCCAAACCUUCAGUUCGAUUAAGAACGUGGAAUUACAAACCAAACAGCAGAUAUAACAGUGCUACUUUGGAUUUUACUUAUCAACAAAAAUGGUUGUGGAAAAAUGAUGUUAAACAAAUGUUAACUGAGCAACACACUAAGCUUCAAAAAAUUCUGGAUAAAAAUGUUUUGGUCCAAUGGAGAAGCAGUUAUCGAGUAUUUAAAAAUAAUAAGAUAUCAUCAAACGAUGUUAAAGCGUUAGAUCCGCCAUAUGCUCUACACGAGGAGAAUUCGCAAAGAAAGAUUCAUAACGAGAAAAAAAAAUUAAAACUUGAAUAUAAAUAUGAUAUAGAAAACUUCUACGAGAAUUUCAAUCGCAUUCAAAACUCUCUAAUAGCACUUGGCGAUAAGAAAUCAACAGUUACUGUGACUCCACGUGCAAAGCAAUUACAUAUAUGCACGGAGAUUGAUGUGAUAAAUGAUUUACAAAAACGUAUUAAUGAUUUGAAGCUUUGUAUGGACAUACAUAUGCCUUAGUUAUAAAAUAACUUUUUUAUGGAUUUUUAAUUUAAAAUGAUCAAAAUUAGUUAUUUUAUCACACCAAAAGAUAAAUUUAAAUUUUUUGAGAUACAAAAGUUCGAUAAUGUUCACGUGAAGUAUUCCAAUGUUUGUGAAAGUGAAAACAUUGUAAUUGAAGUUAAUC